GCCUGUUUCUUGAUUCGUAAGUUUCUAACCUUUCCUUCUAAUGAAUGUUUUGCUUUCCCUUCUCUGCCUCAUGCUCAAGUCGUUCAAGGACUGAGAUUUCCUGUAACUAAUUUGCUUAGUUGGUCUCUGCAAUUGGAAGGAGGAAAUCCAUUGGAAUGGUAUGUUUUUUUUUUUAAAAUGGUAGUCAUUUUUUUUCAGUAGUGAUUUUUUUUAAAUGGUAGUCAUUUUUUUCGUAGUGGUAGUGUUAUUGUCGUAUUGGUAUAGUUUUUGUCGCAUUGGUAUUAUUUUUGUCGCAUUGGUAUUGAUUUUGUUACAUUGGUAUUGAUUUUGUCGCAUUGGUAGUGAUUAAAUCUGCAAUGGUAUUGAUGUUUUGUGAAAUGGUAGUGUUUUUAUUUCUUGAAUGGUAUUGAUGUUUUGUGAAAUGGUAGUGUUUUUAUUUCUUGAAUGGUAGUUUUCGUGUAAUGGUAUAAAUUUAAUUCUGCAAUGGUAGUUUUCGUGUAAUGGUAUAGAUUUAUUUCUGCAAUGGUAUUGAUAUUUUUCAAAGUGGUAGUGUUUGUCUAAUGGAUUGGUACUGAUUUCGUUUUUUUUUUUUUUUUUUUUUGCAGAAAGAUUGAGAAAAAUAUGGAUAGGAAAUCUGGCUGAGAUUACGGAAGUGAGAGAAAGAGAGAUUUUUAAUUAAUAGAUUUUUGUAACUACCUUAAAUGUAAUUUAUUAAAAAAUUAAUUAGUAUAAUUUAUUUUUCCAUACCCAAUUUACCUUUAGUAACCACGGCAAUUAAAGGUAGGUAAAUGUAUAAAUCACAUUAAAUUAGUACCAAACCAAUAAGAGCGUUCACGUUAUAUAUAGUUCCAUGCAUAUAUUGCUAGGUCUAUUCAGAGCGUUGUUUACCGAAUUAAGAGAGAAAAAGUAAGAUCCGGCCGGACCAGAGCAAACCACAUGAAGUCGACACCGUUCCUUUUGCUGCUGGUUCUCCUCUCCACUGCUGGAAAGCAACUAACUGGAGUGGAUGCAGACACGCCACAGAAGUUUUUCUUCAAAGCUACAAUACCUACGAACAAGAGCUGUUUGAAGGUUCCUUCAGCUCCUUGUCAAUGUCACGACGAAUGUUGGCAACAGUUCGGUCUUGGGUCCAUUGGACAAUGUCACUUCAAGUCGCCUAAGUCCUGCAACUGUUACUUGCCAUGUGGUGUUUGAUUAUAGACGUUACGAGCCACUUCUACGAACUAAGAAAUAAAUUAAUAAACG